UGAUUAUUGAUUUCUCCCCAGACACGGUCUGUUUGGAUUCCGAGAAAGUGAAAUUUAAAGCCCACCGUUUGAGCUCUCCCCGUCACGGUCUGUUUGGAUUCCGGGAAAGUUCAAAUUAAAAAAGAAAAGAAGGCCGGAGCCCAGUGAUGGGAAGGAGAUCAGGGAAGAAGAAUUCAAUAGCGUCGAUUUUUUCGCACGCUGACGCCGUGGACAAGCUUCUCAUGGCGUUGGGGCUCAUCGGAGCCAUUGGCGAUGGCUUCACGGGCCCCUUGAUCUUAGUUCUCACCAGCCGUCUUAUGAACGGCAUCGGAUUCGUCUCACACUCUUCUUUACCUUCUUUCCAAACCCAUAUCAAUGAGAAUACUGUGGCUGUACUCUACGUAGCGUGCGGAGCAUUUGUUGCGUCUUUUCUCGAAGGAUAUUGCUGGACAAGGACGGCCGAGAGACAGGCGGCCAGAAUGAGAGUUGAGUAUCUGAAGGCAGUUCUCCGACAAGAAGUCGGCUAUUUUGAUCUCCAGUCCGAGGUUAUCACAUCUGUCUCUAACGACAGCUUGGUCAUUCAAGACGUUUUAAGCGAAAAGAUCCCAAACUUUGUAAUGAAUGCGGCAACGUUCAUCGGGUGCUGCAUCGUUGCCGUUGCUUUAUUCUGGAAACUAGCGGUCGCAGGAUUACCAUUUGUGACGAUUCUGCUGAUCCCGGGGGUGCUCUAUGGUAGAAUCCUAACAGGGUUAAAGAGAAAGAGCAGAGAAUGUUACCAAAAGGACGGAACAGUGGCGGAACAGGUCAUAUCCUCCGUCAGAACCGUCUACGCCUUCGUGGGAGAAGUAUCAGAAUAUUCAACUGCAUUAGGAAGUAUGGUAAAGCUGGGGUUAAAACAGGGACUUUCUAAAGGAUUGGCCAUUGGAAGUAAUGGAAUUUCAUUUGCAAUAUGGUCCUUCAUAGCGUGGUACGGUAGUAGAAUGGUGAUGCACCAUGGCGCUCAAGGUGGGACGGUGUUUGCAGUCGGAGCUGCCAUUGUUUUAGGUGGAACAUCCAUUGGAUCAAGUUUAUCGAACCUAGACUACUUUUCGGAGGCGUGUACUGCGGGAGAGCGCAUCAUAGAGGUGAUAAAUCGAAUUCCGGAGAUCGACUCCGAGAACCUGGAAGGUGAAGUUCUGGACGAAGUCUCCGGCGAGGUCGAAUUUCAGAACGUGCAGUUUGCGUACCCAUCGCGACCGGAAACCAUGGUGUUCAACAACCUGACCUUGAGAAUCCCGGCGGGGGGGACGAUGGCGCUGGUCGGCGGGAGCGGCUCCGGAAAAUCGACGGUGAUUUCUUUGUUGCAGAGAUUUUACAACCCAAUUGGAGGGGCGAUCCUCGUCGACGGAGUGGGCAUUGAAAAGCUGCAGCUGAAGUGGCUGAGGUCACAGAUUGGUCUGGUGAGCCAGGAGCCGGCGCUUUUCGCCACCUCCAUUAAAGAAAAUAUUCUUUUUGGGAAGGAAGAUGCCACCAUGGACGAGGUGAUAGACGCAGCUAAAGCUUCCAAUGCUCAUAAUUUUAUUUCUCAAUUUCCACAAGGAUACGAAACCCAAGUGGGAGAAAGGGGAGUUCAAUUGUCGGGAGGACAAAAGCAAAGAAUAGCAAUUGCACGAGCGAUCAUCAAGCGACCGCGGAUCCUCCUCCUUGACGAGGCCACGAGUGCGUUGGACUCAGAAUCGGAGCGGAUCGUCCAAAAAGCCCUUGAUGAAGCAGCCAUCGGUCGAACCACCACCAUCAUCGCUCAUCGCCUUUCAACCGUUCGCAACGCCGACAUCAUCACCGUGUUCCAAAACGGCCACGUCAUGGAAAUGGGCUCACACGACGAGCUCAUCCAGCAUAAAACCAGUCUCUACACCUCUUUGGUGCGCCACCAGCAAAUGGAGAAACACGAAUCCCGACCGGCUUCCAUUCCCAACAUGGACGAGAACAGCAGCAGCCGCCCAAUCUCGCUCGUGAGUCGAUCCAGCUCCCCCAACUCGACGGUUCUAGAUGCAGGCAAGGAAGACCGAUCAGUCCCUUCGAUCUGGAGGUUGUUGGCCCUAAAUCUCCCCGAGUGGAAGCAGGCGAUCAUGGGGUGCACUGGGGCGGUUUUGUUCGGAGCGGUCCAGCCUUUGUAUGCCUUUGCGCUUGGGAUGAUGGUGUCGGUUUAUUUUUUGACGAGUCACGAGGAGAUUAAGGAGAAGACAAGAAUUUAUGCACUAGGUUUUGUUGGGCUUGCAGUGUUUUCUAUCGUGACAAACAUUGUUCAACAUUAUAACUUUGCAUACAUGGGGGAGUAUCUGACCAAGAGAGUCAGGGAGAUGAUGUUGUCCAAGAUCCUUACUUUCGAAAUUGGGUGGUUUGAUCAAGAUGAACACUCCAGUGGUGCAAUUUGUUCGAGAUUGUCUACCAAUGACAAUGUGGUGCGAUCGUUGGUGGGUGAUAGAAUGACACUUCUUCUGCAAACCCUAUCAUCAAUAACCAUAGCUUUCACAAUGGGGUUGGUGAUCUCAUGGAAGCUAGCCCUCGUCAUGAUCGCAGUUCAACCCCUAUUAAUCAUUUGCAUCUAUGCUAGGCGUGUCCUUCUGAAGAACAUGUCUGACAAAUCCAAAAAAGCCCAAGAACAGAGCACCAAGGUGGCUGCUGAAGCAGUUUCCAAUGUACGCACAAUCACCGCCUUCUCUUCACAAGAAAGGAUCCUCAAAAUGCUUGAGAAGGCUCAGGAGAGUCCACGAAGAGAAAAUAUCAAGCAGUCGUGGUAUGCCGGAAUUGGACUAGGCUGGAGUCUCAGUGCCUGCUCCUAUGCUCUCCCCUUCUGGUACGGCAGCAAGCUCGUCGCCCAAGGCCAAACAACCGCCAAGGCCCUCUUCCAAACCUUCCAUAUCCUCAUCAGCACUGGACGUGUCAUUGCCAACAGGACUGCAACUUUCUGGAGGCCAGAAGCAGAGGAUCGCCAUCGCAAGGGCAAUACUCAAGAAUCCGACAGUGCUGUUGCUGGACGAGGCGGCAAGCGCACUGGACAGCCAGUCCGAGAAGGAGGUUCAGGAGGCAUAGGAGCGGCUGAUGGUGGGGAGGACGACCGUGGUGGUGGCGCACCGCCUGAGCACCAUCCGAAACUGCGAUAUGAUCGCAGUUUUGGAUAA